AGCACCUAGAAGCCAAGAGGAACAUACGUGGAAAAUUUGAGAUGAACAGGAUGGCAAUAAGAGCACUCGGGACAACUGUAAACAACAAUCAGUGUUGAAAAGGGAAGAAAAUCAAGCCAGGAAUCAAAAUAUUUUCCAUUUCCUGCAGAAAACCAUACAAAUCUGUUCCUCCUCCAGCAGCUGUUUGACAAAAGAGAAAAUUAAGAAAGAAUAAGUACAUUAUGCAGAAUUCAAAGAUAAAUUAAAUGAGAGUGGAAGGGAGAUUAUUUAUAAUUCAGCAAAAGAGGGAAAUAUCUGGAUGCCUGUUGGAAGGAAAAGAUCAAUAGUAAAGCAAUGUAGAAGAGACAGGAAUGCAGGCCUCUCCCUUAGAGAAAGAAGAUGGCUUGAAUGAAAGCACCCUUAAACAAGGCAUUGUCCAUAUUUUUUACCUCCUCAAGAAUAUCAGUGGUGCAAAAGUUUCAUAAAUUUGCCUAUUGUGGGAAAAGCACAGAUUGCAAAUCACAGCUGAUUAUGCACAAGAGGAGAUGGAAAGCCACACAAAUUACCUGAAUGUGACAAAAACUAUGGUCACAAAAGCUCCCUUGUUGUUCAUGGAAGCACCUCCACAAAGGAGGGAAGCCACAAAAGUGCUCCCAACGUGGUAAAUGCUUUAGUGAGCAUGGCAACAUGGUGCUAUAUCAGAUAACUCACAGGAGGGAGAAACAUAUGACUGUGCAGAUUGUGUGAAAGUUUCAUUAGAAAUUCCCAGGUCUUGAGAUACUAAAGGAUGCACACAAAGGAAUAAAACCAUUUUAACAUCCUUUCUGUGGGAAAUGUUUCAGUGAGGCACCUGAGGACUUCCGCAAAAGAGAAACCUUUUGAAUGUCCCGAUUGUGGAAAAAAAUAUAGUCACAAUUUAGGUUUCGUGAUGCAUCAGUAGAUUGACUCCAGGGAGAAACUCUAUGAGUAUCUAGAUUGUGGGGAAAACGUCAUAGGGAAAUUUCCAUCUCAAGAGACACCAAAGAACUCACACAGACGAAAAACCCUCUGAAUGUCCUGAUUAUGGGAAACUCACAAGUCUGGUGAUACACCAGAACACUCCCAUAGGAGGGAAAUGCUUUGUAUGUCCUGAUUGUUGGGAACUUUCAGUUAUGAUUGCAAUUUGUGAAACACCAGAGAAAUCAUAAAAGAGAAAAACCCAUUCAAUAUCCUGACUGUGGGAGAAGUUUCAAUUGUAAUUUCACCUGGUAAUACAUCAGACGAUUCACUCCAUGGAGAAACCUUAUAAGUGUAGAGAUUGUGGAAAAAGUUUCAUUAGAAAUUCCCACCUCUUAAGACAUAAGACCAUGCACACAGGAGAGAAACCCUUUGAAUGUUCUGACUGUGGGAAAAGUUUCAGUCGCAAUGCCCACCUGGUGAAACACCAGAGGACUCACACAGGAGAGAAACCCUUUGAAUGUUCUGAUUGUGGGAGAGGUUUCAGUCAGAAUUUCCACCUGGUGAAACACCAGAGGACUCACACAGGAGAGAAACCCUUUGAAUGUCCUUACUGUGGGAAAGGUUUUAAUCUGAGUUCCAGGUUGGUUAGCCACCAAAGGAUUCACACAGGAGAAAGGCCCUUUGAAUGUCCUGAUUGUGGGAAAUGUUUUAGUCGGAGUAGGACUCACACAGGAGAGAAACCCUUUGAAUUGCCUGAUUGA